GCGGCCGAUCGUUCAGUAUGGCGACCAGUAGCGACGAUUUCGCUUGAAGCUGCGUCAGGCAUCGUAAAAUUACUCCAGUUUCGUAUAUUUUGUACACAUCGGUAUCGUAUUCUUUGUUAAUUUAACUCUAUGCACCGAAGUUUAAACAAGUUGGUUUUUAUAAAUGGUGACGCCGAUUAUAAUAUCAUCGGAUAAUGUUACGAUUCUUGGUUUCGAAUGUGCUCACAUUUCUAUAUCGUAAUAAACAUAACCUAUCACGAGAAUGUGAGCUUCGAACGUUCAAGUCAUGAAUAACAGCAAUAUAAUAUAAAUCGAAUCCGUAUUAAGUAGUGCGGAUAUAAUUCUUUCGUUUAUACUUAUCGAAACGGUUUGUUAAGAAACGGCGAAUUGGUUAACCGAAAAGUUGUGCGAACGUACAGGAAACAUGAAAAGCAAUUCAGACGAAAGCGAUCAAAAUGAUGAUCAAAUUAUGGAGGGUAAGGAAACCUACCAAAGCUACUUGAACGAAAGGCACAGUAGAAAAAGGACACAUGAUGCCUCGGUUGACGAAAGUUCAGAUUUAUCGGAUUACUCUGAAAAUUUUGAUGAAAAGGACGAAGCAAAGUUCACUUCGCACAACAUGUAUCAGGACUUGUCGUGUCAACAGGAUUCAGGCGACGAAUGUAGCAGCCUAAAUAUGGAGACUAAGCAUACGGAAGACAGAGUGUCUAAUUCUAACGACGAAGCAAAAGAAUCGAGCACAUCGCGAUCAGUGUACGAAGACACUUAUCAUCCUUACCAUAAACGACGGAAAAUUUGUAGAACAAAACAGACAGACGAUGAUACUACCGACGAAGACAAAAGUAACGAUACAAAGGAACAAUUGAAAAAGGAACCCGCGAGUGUCUUUGGAGAAGAUAAAGGUCAAAGAAUGAUGAGGUUGAUGGGGUAUACGCAAGGUCACGGUCUUGGAAAAAAUAAGCAAGGCCGUCUAGAACCUGUUCAAGCAUCCAAACAGCACGGUCGUAGAGGGCUCGGGCAUCAAGUUCCUGGACUCGAAGCUGCGAGUCUGCAAUGGAAUCCCGAGGAAGAAGAGAUAUCAGCUAUAGAACCCAUAGAAUGUUUAGCCAAUCCGCACACUGAGUUACCGAGUUGCGAAGAACUGGAAAGUUGGUUGCAACUGGGACCUAAAAAGCUUGUCGUAGACACCAAGACUCCGUUUUGUAGCGAGGAUAUAGUUAUGAACAUAAUUAAUUCAAAAACAGUAUUUGAUAAUUUGGACAGCGUUGAAAUGCGUCGCGCGAGAACGCGUAGCAAUCCUUACGAAACUAUUCGCGGCUCGAUCUUCUUGAAUCGUGCUGCUGUCAAAAUGGCAAACAUGGAUAAAGCUUUCGAUUUUAUGUUUACCAGUCCAAAAUGUCUGCAAAAUAACGAACUGCUCUACUUCGCGGAUGUAUGCGCUGGACCGGGUGGUUUCAGCGAGUACGUUCUAUGGAGGAGAAAAUGGCACGCCAAAGGAUUUGGUUUCACUUUGAAAAACGAAAACGACUUCAAGUUAGCAGACUUUUACGCGGGUCCUUGCGAAACGUUUCAUCCGUAUUACGGCCCGAAAGACAACGGCGAUGUCUUCGAUCCUUCUAAUCAAGAAGCUUUCAGAGAGCUCAUAAUGACGCAUACCAACAACGAAGGGGUACAUUUCAUGAUGUCCGACGGUGGAUUUUCAGUGGAAGGUCAAGAGAAUCUACAGGAGAUUCUCUCGAAACAAUUAUAUCUCUGUCAAUGUUUAGUAGCGUUGAUGAUCGUUCGAACGAAGGGUCAUUUCGUCACUAAACUGUUCGACGUUUUCACUCCCUUUAGCGCGGGUUUAGUUUAUUUAAUGUAUCGCUGUUUCGAGGAAGUGUGCAUAUUCAAACCGAACUCCUCCAGACCAGCGAAUUCGGAACGUUAUUUAAUAUGUAAAAGGAAACGGGAGAAUACAGAGGUCGUCGAGCAAUACCUGAAACGCGUUAAUCGUUUACUUUUAGAAAAUGACGAGAAUAACGACGUUACGGAAUUGGUAGCGUUGGAGGAAUUAGAAAGGGAAGAGCGAUUCAUAAAAUAUUUACGAGAAUCGAAUGAUAUUUUAGGAAGGAAGCAAAUAAUUGGACUCCGAAAAAUAGCUGCGUUUUGCGAGAAUAGUACGCUCGUCGAAUCGAAACAAGCUGAUAUGCGUAGAGAAUGCCUUAAAUAUUGGAAACUUCCAGAAGAAGGUAGAACGGUACCGAGAUACAUGAAACCUCAGGAUAAAUUAAAGGCUCUUUUAAAAAAUGCUACUUCGUUUCUCUCAAAGAGCGCAACGAAAUUGACGUUAGAUAAUAUACAUAAGACGAUAUUGAAUCAGCCGUACGAUUGGUUUUGUAUGCCCUGUGGUACUGGAUCCACCGAUGAAAAUAAGAACGCCACGUUCUAUUUGGGAAUGGGAAGAAGUAAAGUAUAUCGUUACGUAAGAGGUAGUUGGGAUCGCGUCAGCGAUGUCACCUUAGAAUUACCACCAGAUACACUCGUAUACGGCGAAGUUGUCUAUGAAAUGAAAAAUGAGUCCAAGCAUCAGCACAAAGUACUAGCGUUACACAUUAUAGAUGCUUAUUUCUUGGGCCAAGAAGACGUCAGUCAAAAAUACUUGAGGGACAGGCACGAGCUCACGAAGAAAUUUUGUCAAGCUUUAUGGAAGCCAGACGGAAAUAGACACGCUCGUAUACGUACCAAAGAAUUGAUCCUUGUCGUGCCAAAUAUGCGCGAAAAAUUACAAGUAACGCAACGUAUCAUGAAGAAUAAUCGAACAGCUUGGGUAUACGAAUUCGCGGAAAUGCCUUUAGUCAGCCACAGUUCUAUUAACAGAAACGGUUCCGAUAAACCGUACUUUAUACUAAAUAGUAUACUUUUUUUGAAAAGUACCGCUGCUCCUUGGAAUCGAUAUUUUAGUAAGACACAUUCCAGGACGUAUGUUUUUCAUCCGAAAACUAGACAGAAUAAAUUCGACUUGCAGAGACCUGCCGCGGCUGAGGCAGGUUUUGUUGAAACGUUUGAUAAUCGUGUUAUUUGGUACUGGCCUAACGACGAAACGGUUACUAUGGACAUCGUUACGCUACAUAUUAGCGAGAAAUGUCACAAUCAUGAAUUGUCUUCGGUAGACUAUUAA